AUGUACGGGGUCCUUGGAACACUAGAGGGUAAACAAACACUCAAAUUCCGACACGUGGAGAAGAAACGCGUGUCACGAACCAGAAGAUGCUGCAGAAAAUGUGGCUCUUGGUGCAGGAAUUGGUGCAACAAGACUAACAAGACACUACUGGUUCUUGGCGCGAUUCUUGGCCUUCCUGCCUUCUACAUGUCCCUCUGGCUGUUGCUCUCGCCUGGCCUGUCCACCCUCGCUGCACACUUCCACCCGGCCUCCUGCACUGUUGCCUCUAGUGUCAUUCUCGAGGGAAUUAACAAUUGUUCCUGGAGUUCAUGUCGACAAGGUUGCACGGAGACUGAGCUGUACCUUUGCUGGCAGGUGUUUGUGUUCGUGCAGGUGUUAUAUGACAAUCAGUCCUCUCUUGCACGGUCACGCAGGGAUGUUAAUGAUGCUAGACCUCUGCUUACCACUGCCACACCUGCCCCUCUUAAUUCUGUCUCGCCUCGUACAUCAGAUCUUGUUUCCCAUGCCACAUCUUUCCCUGUCAAUCCUGUUUCCUCUCGCACAUCAGAUCUUUUUCCCCUGCCACAUCUGUCCCUGUCAAUCCUGUUUCCUCUCGCACAUCAGAUCUUGUUUCCCCUGCCACAUCUUUCCCUGUCAAUCCUGUUUCCUCUCGCACAUCAGAUCUUUUUUUCCCUGCCACAUCUGUCCCUGUCAAUCCUGUUUCCUCUCGCACAUCAGACUUUGUUUCCCCUGCCACAUCUGUCCCUGUCAAUCCUGUUUCCUCUCGCACAUCAGAUCUCGUUUCCCCUGCCACAUCUGUCCUUGUCAAUCCUGUUUCCUCUCGCAUACCAGAUCUUGUUUCCCCUGCCACAUCUGUCCCUGUCAAUCCUGUUUCCUCGCACACAUCAGAUCUUAUUUCCCCUGCCACAUCUGUCCCUGUCAAUCCUGUUUCCUCUCGCACACCAGAUCUUGUUUCCCCUGCCACAUCUGUCCCUGUCAAUUCAAUCUCCUCUCACGCACCUGAUCUUGUUUUCCCUGUUAGUGUUACGUCCGCUCGUUCUGUCACACCUGCCAGUGCUGUUAACUCUGUCUCUGUUACACCUGUCCCUUUCACCUCACUUUGACGUAUCAGAGGGACAGCUUGACCUUACCUGUCACUUUAGUCCUCGCAAGAAGAACCAAUUAGAUGAACAGAUGAAGGGAAAUGAGGAUAACACACCAUCAUCAUCCUCACCUGCCCUCCCAUCUGCCUCCACGUCCACUUCCAAACCCACCACACCUGCUUCCAAACCUUCCACCUUCACUACACACUCUCAGAAACCCCAGACCAACACUGACACACCUCACAAGGAGAUGGAUCCAAACGAAAUGGGGUUCCUCCUGCCAAAGGGACCUGGAUCACUCACUCGCUUGCAUAUCAACGUGGAGGGCUGUGGCUACGACCCUUGUGACAUCUGGUGGCAGGAGUUCGGGCGUCUGGGCAGCACAUACGCCUGCUACCUGAGCGCUGACGGGAGCCUAGCAGUGCCUGAAGUUGAUAUAGAGAAGGCAAAGACACAGGUGGUACUUGGAAUGCUGCCUCUAGUACUCAUGACCGUGGCUGUGGUGAUUCUGUACGUGUUCUACUGCCCCAGGAAGAGCAACGCACGCAAGGACAACCCGGGCAAGGCGCAGGAGGUGAAGUGGGAGCAAGCGCGCCAUAUGAUCCUGAAGCAAGUUGAGAAGGAGGAUAAGAAGUACAUGCAGUUUGAUCCCAUUCUAGUGAAGGCAGCGCUGCGUACUAACCAGGUGGCGCCGAGUACUCUGGCGGCAAAGGGCGGGAAGAAGAGGUAGAUGGAUGAUGAGGAGGAGGAGGAGGAG